GACUUUUACUGUGCCGCGCAUGCGCAGUGCGGAGCGCAGUCACGUUGUUCCGCAGUGGAGACUGAGGUCAGACCCUCUCGGCUAGUUUGGGGUCUCUGUUGGAGAACAUCAUGGUGUUUCUGACGUUGUCCUGCUGGACACGGAGUCGAGGGCCUGACCGCUACUGGAAGGUGCAGGAGCUGCUGCAGAAUGCGCGGCACUUCAGAGGCAGGAAGAACCGAUGCUACAAGCUGGCGGUCCGGGCGGUCCGCAGGGCCUUCGUCUACGCGUCAAAGGCGAGAAAAGCGAAGCGGCGCAACAUGAGAACGCUGUGGAUUUCUCGCAUAGCUGCAGCUUCCCGCGAGCACGGAAUGAAAUAUCCAGUUCUGAUGUACAAUCUGGUACAAUGCAGCGUCCAGCUGAACCGGCGGGUUUUGAGUGACCUGGCGAUCACGGAGCCGCGGACGUUUCGGGCUCUGGCGACGUUGGCGCGGGCGCGGCAGCAGGAGGGCCUGCAGGUGGCGCUGGGCGACGGGAAAGAGCCGCCGGGUGUCUUCUCACGCAUCACUCAGCUGCAGUGAACGGCUCCCCCUCAACCAAUCACAGCGCACCUGUGCCGUUUUUCCAGAGUCCCAGAGCAGCACAGGCGUCCAGUUUUACUGACCUGCAGAGUCCAGGCGUCCAGUUUUACUGACCUGCAGAGUCCAGGCGUCCAGUUUUACUGACCUGCAGAGUCCAGGCGUCCAGUUUUACUGACCUGCAGAGUUUAUACUGUAGCAGCCUGGUGUCUUCAGGGUGUCUGGACGAAUGUCACGGCUGCACAGUGUGACGCUCGUUAAUCUCGGCCUUCGCAGUUCUGACAGCUGGAAAGCUGCAAUAUGCAAAUGAGCCCACAGUGUUUACUGUACGCUCUUAAAGAUGGAGCUUCAAGGGUUCUUUAGCAAAGAAAACUGUUCUAUCUGGAACCAUGAACACUCCAAGAACCCUUUGCAUGAUAAAAGGUUCUUUGCGUCAUGAGAUGGUUCUUCAGCUUGGUGGAGAAUGAACUGUAUGUGGUUCUGUAUAGAAACUUGGUGAAAAUGGUUCUUCUGUCAUUACGGUGUCAAGCUUGGAAGAUUGGAACCCUUUUGGGUGCCAUAGAGAACCCUUUUCAAAAAAGGUUCUACAUAGAACUGUCUAGCACAUUCUUGCGCAUUUUCCAUCAAUCUGUAGAACGCUCAUAAAGAACCUUUGAGUCACGCAGAGCCUUCUUGGUCCUGAUCUCCAACUUUGUUUUUAUGAUGCUUGUAAUGUUAAAAUAAGCUAAGGGUUCUGGAGUAAAUGGAAUGGUUCUAUUUAGAGUUCUACAAUAAAACGUUUCAUGCUUAAAUGGUUCUACAAGCUGAUGAAGAACGAGCUGUAUAUGGUUCACCAAAAAGGGGGUCUUCUAUUGGUGUUAUGAUCUCAGGCUUGUAACGAUAGCAGAACCCUUUGAUAUGCAGCACAUUCUCUGUCAAUCUGAAGAACCAUUUCACCAUGCAGAGAACCAUUUAAGUGUGAAAUUAGGAAAGAACCCUUGAAGAACCGUGUUUUUUGGGAAUGUUCCUCAGCUGGCUGUUCUCUCGGCCUGCCUGUUGUCGAGCAGGGCUGCGGCUGGAUGUCUCUGGUUGGUGGUGGACGGUGAAAGUGAUGGUGUGGAACCGGAGAUGAGCGGUACGCGCUGGGGUUCUCCGUGUUGGAGCGCUGUGUCUGGAUCAGCUGUGAUUGGGCCGAAGGAAGGCGCAGGCCUGUGAAGGGAGGAGCUGGUGGGUGGGGGUGUUGAGGGGUCCCUGUUUGUUCGGAAUGCCGUGUGUGUCUGUAAAUAUAUCCAGUGAGUGUUUGUGCUGCUGUUUUUCCUGUUAAUACAUUUUUCCUGCCUGC